AUGUCCGACCCUCCUCAGCUCCAGCGCCCGCCCGCUCAGCCUGCUUAUGUCCUCCGCGGUCAUCACGCUCACGUCCACGCCGUGCGCUUCCUGCGCCACAACGAGCGCCUGCUGACCGGCGACGCUGACGGCUGGGUCGUGCUCUGGAAUGUCGCGACCAAGCGUGCCGUCGCCGUCUGGCGCGCCCACGACGGCGCCAUUCUCGGCUUCGGCACUUGGCCUGAAGACAAGGUCAUCACGCACGGCCGGGAUUUUCAUCUUCGCGUCUGGCAGCUGGGCCCUGCAGAUGAGCAUGACUUCUCGACCGCCCUGCCGGUUGACGACACGACGACGCAUCGGAAGCAGCCGUGGCUGCUGCAUUCUCUCCGAGUCAAUACCUUAAAUUUCUGCUCAUUUGCAACCUGCCCCGAGCAUCCCGAUGCGUCCAAUGACAGCCCACCAUCCGUGAACCCCAUCCUCAUCGCCGUGCCGGGCAUGAAAGAUGGCGAAGUAGACGUCUUCCAGCUCCCCACGGAGCACCGCAUGAGCACCGUGCCAAAUAUAGGUCAGAAAACAGGCAUGACCAUGUCCGUCUCCCUCGUGCACAGCAGACCGUCGCCGUCGUCCGGUCCCGUCCUGCACUGCAUCACCGGCUACGAGAGCGGCGCAACGGCCGUCCACGUCUUCUCGCCCGCUACGAACACCUGGUCGCACAUCUACACCAGCCAGCCGCACUCGCAACCCCUCCUCUCCCUCUCCCCAGCGCCGCCCUCCUCCUCCCCCUCCUCCGACCUCACCUUCUACACCUCUGGCGCCGACGACCUCAUCGCCAAGCACACCCUCUCCGCCCCUCGGUCUCCCUCUCGACCCAAACCCCCCUCAUCACCCCCCUCCGCAUCCCCCUCCACCCCCACACCCACAAAACCCCAAUCCCUCCUCUCCGCCGCCCUCGCCUCGCAAUCCUCCUCGUCGCCCUCAUCCGCCGCCCCACCACCCCUCCCCAACCCCGCCCCCGUCGCCCCCGCCAAAGCAGUCCACACGAAGCACUCAGGCCAGCAAUCGCUCGCCGUGCGCUCCGACGGCCGCGUGCUGGCGACGGCGGGCUGGGACGGGCGGGUGCGCGUGUACGGCGCGAAAGGGCUGAAGGAAGUCGCGGUACUGGCGUGGCAUAAGGAGGGGUGUUAUGCGGUUGCGUUUGCGGAUGUGGGGGGCGGGGAUGGGGGUGGGAAGGAGGAGAAGGGGGAGAAGGAAGGAGGUGGUGGGGAGGGGGCAGUAGAUGCCGGUGCUGUGGUCGAGGUGGGAGGGAAGAUCGAGGACAGCGGGGAGCGGGCGGUGGCGAGGAGUGCUGCUGGUAGGACGAUGACGACGGAUGGGAAGGUCAGUUUGUGGGAGGUGUUCUGA